AUGGCGAUUGAUAAUAAUGAUCCACAGGUUUUGCUUGAAAAGAGUAAUAGUUUUGAGGAGAAUAGUGGUGAAGACGAAGAGGAAGAGUAUAUCGGUAGAGAUGAACAUCAGAAGCCAUUGAUUGAGAGUGAAUCAGUUGCCAUCGAUGGUCUCAAUGCUCUAUCAAUUGGCAAAAUCAAGAUUUUUAAACCUCGACGACGCAAACGAUUUUUACUCAAAAGAUAUUGUAAAUUCUGUUCAACUAUUUUAGUAAUAAUUGUUGUUUUGCUUUAUUUAUAUCGAUUGAGAGCUUCGUUAUACUCGACAUACGAAUCAAUAAUAUUAAGUAAAUCCAGUUGUGAUCGAUUGGCCACAACUCUGGUCUGGAAUAAGACGUUUCCAAUGCUUACUAUUGAAUCUGCUCUAAGACUUGUUGAUAUCAAUAAUGACACCAUUCUUGAUAUUAUUGUCCCAUUUGGAACCGGUUUAGACGCUUCAUCUUAUAAUUAUAUUUCAUGUCAAAUAUACUUCAAUCAAACAAAAUCUUCUACAUCUGGAUGUGGUGGAGGUGUUAUGGCCAUCGAUGGACGAAAUGGUGAAUCUUUAUGGACACGCUAUAUACCACAUGAACUAUUUGCCAGUAAUUGUAAUGAAGAUAUCAAUGGCGAUACAGUUAAGGAUUGUAUUCUUGGCGGACGAAUGGCUACAUUAUAUGCAAUCAAUGGUGCGACUGGUGAUGUCAUUUGGUCUAUAAAUGCUAAUAUAGGCGAACCUAUUGUCGAAACAUCAAACUUUUAUACUCCUCUGUAUGUUCCUCGAGAUGUAGAUGCAGACGGAGUACCAGAUAUUGUUGUCAUCCAUGGAGGGGAUCCACUGAGAAAACCUACCGAAAGAACACGAAUUCCCGGCCGAUUGCUUGUCAUGUCUGCCAAAACUGGCGCUAUAUUGUCGUGGAGUUUAGUUCCCGAUCGUUCAGAAAGUUAUUAUUCCCCUCAACUACUAGUCCAUCCCGAUAAUACUCUAUUAAUAUUAUAUGGAACGGGAGGUGAGACACACGCCGGCUCUUUUUAUGCCAUUUCAUUUGAAGAUCUACUGAACAAACGUAUGGAGAAUUCACGAGUUAUAUUCAGAGACUGUUGUAAAGGAGUUAUGGUUCCGCCGGCGCUCAUUGAUAUCAAUAAUGAUGAUGUCUUAGACAUUGUUAUGACUUUGUUUAACUCGACUGUCAUUGCUUUUGAUGGACUAGAGUUUAAGGAGUUGUGGAGAACAGUCUUUAUCGGAUCUGAAACAUACAGUACACCAGCUGUCGGUUACUUCAACAAUGACACAACACCUGACUUUGCAGUCAUUUAUCAAUUUGGACCGGGAUUUCCUGUCUAUUACUCGGCUCAGUUUACAAUAUUGGAUGGAAGAAAUGGUAAGCAAUUGUUGAAACAACCAAUAGAUAUGCUAAUUGGGACGCAAUCGUCACCAAUCACUGUAUCGACAAAAAGUACUAACGAUUUCUUCAUGUUUUGGUAUUCUUCCUGUGAAUUAAACCAAAACACUACUCAAAAUUCAAGCGCUCAGGCAUUUAAAAUAGCUCCCGGCACAACAAUUCACGACAAUUCAAGGGCUGACUUUUGUAAAUUGCGAUUCAAUGCAACACUUUUCACACAAUUGAAAGCUUUAAGUCCAACUAAUACAUCCAUUAUCUAUGACUCUAGAGAUUAUCCAAUAAUAAAUGCCGUCAAUUAUUCAGCCAUCGGAUAUAAUUGGCUUCAAAACAAUAUGUUUUUGUCAAACGAUUUUUAUGAUCAGACAAAACCAGUUCAAGACAAUUAUAAUUAUCAACAGCAGCCCUACCAGCCCUACCAACCCUAUCAACCCUAUCAAGAAUAUCAACCAUACAAACGUCAGUCUUAUUCAGACAGAAUAUCUGACCAAAAUUACGACACCCGACCUAAUAAUUUUGACAAUAUUUUUAAAACAAGACGAAGAUUUAAAAGACAUGUUGGCGUUCACGACGGCGAAGGCAUUCAACGGGUGAUUUCAACAGGUACAUUAGCCCCUCCUUUAAGCGGAGAUACAAAAACAAUAGAUUAUAUAUUUGCUACCUUUUGGUUUCCACCGGCAAAAAAUGUACGGUUAAUGUCAGAAAAAGUCGAAGAAUGUGUCGCCAAAUAUAUGGAUCCAAGAGAAGAGAGUAGACAAAGACUGGAAUCAAGUGAUUCAUAUUUUAAGCGAAUGGGUUACGAUCACGACGCCUAUCAACAAACUGUUAAAGAUAUGUGCGCUCAUAUGGAUGACCAUCAAACACAACCUUUACCACAAUCCAGUAACCUAUUGGCUAAUGAGUUGGUUAAAGAUAUGGGAGAAUUGACAUUAUUUCGAGUUAAUCUUAAAUGUAUAUCCGAUCAAAAAGACAACAAAUUAGGCGCUAUUAAAGAGUUUACUAAUCAAUGGUGGCCAUCAUAUAUGGGUAAAGAUGGUGAUUGUGUGGUCAAUGUUAAUGAUGUGAGCGUCGACUUUAAGAAACAAUAAAAUAAUUAUCAAAAACAAAACUAAAUGCAAAUUAA